CAGUCUACCGACUCAUUGUAAAAUUGUAAAAACCCCGGAAGUCUUAACUAGUCUUAACCUAAAUGACUAUGAUUUUUUUUGCAUCUACAAGUUGUUAAUUGCAUGUGAAUCAUUUAGCUUGAUUAAUGGAAAGAAAUAAAUCGAUUUUGACCAGUCUUAAGAAAAUCGGUCGUAUAAGAUGGUCAACUUCAUCGAUUCACUAAUGAAACUUAGGACAACCGACUACCGUCUCAUCGUAGAAUCAGAAUUGAAGAACAAUUUACAAAAUGUCGAGAGAGCGUGCUUCUAGAAGAUUUUAUCGCAUAGAUAGCACUAAUGAUUUAUUUGGGUUUAUGGACCGUGGCUAUUCAGCCCAACAUGAAAAUCGAUGGAACUUUGAAGUUGCUUGGGAAGCUGCCAAUAAAGUUGGUGGUAUUUAUACUGUAAUAAGAUCUAAAGCUUAUGUUUCAACUGAAGAAAUGGGUGAUCAAUAUUGCCUUAUUGGUCCAUAUAAAGAACAUUCAGCACGUACUGAAGUUGAGGAGGCAGACUUUCCUCCUCAUAAUCCGUUGCAUCAAGCAGUACAAGUUUUACGUGAUCAAGGAUAUAAAGUAAUAACAGGAACAUGGUUGGUGGAUGGAAAUCCUCAAAUAAUUCUAUUCGAUAUCGGAAGUGCUGCUUGGAAGCUUGACGAGUAUAAACAAGAAUUAUGGAGUACUUGCAAUCUUGGAAUACCUCAUCUCGAUAUUGAAGCUAAUGAUGCUGUAAUACUUGGAUAUUUAGUCUGUCAAUUUAUUGCAGAAUUUAGAAAAGCAGCCGAAGGUUACUCAAGCAUUCCGCCGAGAGUUGUCGUACAUUGUCAUGAAUGGCAAGCAGGUGUUGGUUUAAUCGCUUUGAGAACAAGACACGUGGAUGUGGCCACAGUAUUUACUACUCAUGCUACACUUCUGGGUAGAUAUCUUUGCGCAGGGAAGACAGAUUUUUACAACAAUUUAGAUAAGUUCAGUGUUGAUGAAGAAGCAGGGAAGCGUCAGAUAUAUCAUAGAUACUGUAUGGAACGUGCAGCUACACAUUUAGCACAUGUAUUUACAACAGUUUCGGAUAUUACCGGUUUUGAAGCUGAACAUUUGCUCAAACGGAAACCUGAUAUUAUCACGCCAAACGGAUUAAAUGUAAAAAAGUUUGCGGCAUUGCAUGAAUUUCAGAAUUUACAUGCUAUUAGUAAAGAAAAAAUACAUGAGUUUGUGCGAGGCCACUUUUAUGGACAUUAUGAUUUUGAUUUAGACAAAACAUUAUAUUUCUUUACCGCUGGUCGAUAUGAAUUUGGAAAUAAAGGAGCUGAUAUAUUCAUAGAAGCUCUGGCCAGAUUAAAUCAUUAUUUAAAAACGUCCAGACCUGAUUUAACAGUGGUUGCUUUCCUUAUUUUUCCUGCAAGAACUAAUAACUUUAAUGUCGAGUCUCUCCGUGGUCAUGCUGUAACAAAAUCUUUACGAGAUACUAUCAAUGAUAUACAGCAAAAAAUAGGGAAACGAAUGUAUGAAUUAUGUCUCUCUGGUCGCAUGCCUGAAGCUCAGGACUUGUUGGAGAAAGAGGAUACUAUUAAAAUAAAACGAUGUUUAUAUGCUCUGCAAAGAAAUGGAUUACCACCUAUUACGACACAUAAUGUUGUUGAUGAUUGGAAUGAUCCGGUGUUAAAUGCCAUUAGAAGAUGUAAUCUUUUCAACACUGUCCAUGAUCGUGUUAAGAUGGUAUUUCAUCCAGAAUUUUUAUCUUCGACAAAUCCACUAUUUGGUCUUGAUUAUGAGGAAUUUGUUAGAGGAUGUCAUUUAGGUGUUUUUCCUUCAUAUUAUGAACCAUGGGGUUAUACACCAGCUGAAUGCACAGUUAUGGGAAUACCCAGCAUUACUACUAACUUAUCAGGAUUUGGAUGUUUUAUGCAGGAGCAUAUAGCAGAUCCGAUGAGCUAUGGUAUUUACAUUGUCGAUAGGCGUUUUAUUGGUUUAGAAGCAAGUGUUCAACAGCUUGCUCAGUAUAUGUUUGAUUUCGCACGACUUAGCCGUCGUCAACGUAUCAUUCAAAGAAAUCGUACAGAACGUCUUAGUGAUCUCCUCGAUUGGCGAAAUCUUGGCAUUUAUUAUCGUCAAGCAAGAAUAAAGGCGUUAACCACAUUGUAUUCAGAACUAGCGUCAGAAUAUGCAGAGGGUGGGGUUGGUCGAUUUAAUUAUCCCAGACCAAUCAGUGAACCGCCAUCUCCAUUAUCUUCACGACAUACGACACCGGCCGCUUCUGUACAUGGUUCAGAUGACGAGGAUGAAGUUGAUGAUGAAAAAGAGGUAAGAAAAAUAAAUAAUCUGAACUUCAAUUUAUAAAUAUUGUAUAACGUAAUACACACGCGCGCGCACAUAUACAGAAUGUUCAAUAAUGAUCGCAUAAUCUCGUAAAACAGACCGAGUAAAAAAGUUCUCUACAAUUUUACAAUAAUUACGAUACAUUAGGUGUCCUUGCUUCCCAGCAAGGACACAGUCAAACGUUGUGUAACGCAGUGAAUCGUUUCAUCCUUGUUUAACAUAGGCAAAUAACAAAGAUGUAAUGAUUCAUUGAGUUACAGUGACUACGUCCUUGUUGGAAAGCAUUCAUUAAUUUCCAAAGAUUGCCGAAUAAAUACACCCAGCCUACCAUCAAAGCAAGCGCACAGCGCGAUACCAUCCAGCACGAGAUGCUUCUUUUGCUGCUCAUGCAUUGCCAAAGCUGUUUAUAGUAAACAACUUUUCGUAUGUCUAGCAAACUACGACGAUGAAUAGUCGUAUCUCAUUGCGCUUGUGCUUAGCAAUAGGCCGUACUAUUCAACGAUUUUUAGAAAUCAAUAUUUUGUUAACUAUUGCGAAAAUCGCAAAAUAGUACAGAGGACAUUUUGACUUUGUUUAGUCUGCUCUACCUGCUCACGAGAGAUUAUGUGGUCAUUACCCGUCGGACACUCU